GGCUCCAAAUAGACAGUCUUUGAUCUAUUCCAAUGUACCUCACAUCUGCCCAUCUGCUCUUGUUCUUCGGAAUUCACUUAUAAGUCCUCCCCCUUAGAAAUCGAAAUCUUGAGAUAAUCACCGAGACGAUGGAGAGCGACGCGAAGGAGAUCGGUUAUGAUCUGGUGAUGGCUCUAUUGUCUUCUUCCGUGAUCAUUCUCGGGAUCCUCCUGGCAAUAUCGUGCAAGAAGAAGCCGGUCGAGUCUGAAGAUGCAGUUCCGGUCAAGGUUUGUGCACGGGCAUACCCUUUAACCGAUAUCGAUUCUGCUACGGACGGUUUCAACCCCACGAGAAUCAUCGGCCAGGGACGGGUCGGGACGGUUUAUGCUGCCGCGCUAGCCGGAGGCGAACUCGUUGCCGUGAAGAGGAUCCAUCCGGGCCUUGUCUUGAGCCAAGCAGGCUUUGGGUUCUCGUCAGUGAUCAAGACAAUCUCUCUGGCUCUGCACCCGAACAUAGUCCCGAUCAUCGGGCUUUCACAAGGGCCGGCAGAGAGAAUCGUGGUAACCGAGUUCGUUAGCUUGGGAAGCUUGGAAUUCUAUCUACAUCAGAACCCGGACGGGGCGUCUCUUCUGGAUUGGAACCGACGGGUGCGGAUUGCGGCCGGGGCGGCUCGGGGACUCGAGUACCUGCACGAGGGCAUGGUGCCUGCUGUAGUCCACGGGUGCGUCAAGGCCUCCAACAUCCUGAUUGACGCCAAUUUCUGCGCUAGGGUCUCCGACUACGGCUUGGCAUUCUUGGCGCCACGGGAGAGGAAGGGCCUUGUCGGGUAUGUGGAUGAAGAGUACUGGAGCGGGAGAGGAGGGUCCUUCUUGGCCUGCAAAGAGACUGAUGUCUAUGGAUUUGGGGUGGUUUUGCUGGAGCUUUUGAGCGGAAGGAGGUGCGAGGAAGGCUUCCUUGUCAAGUGGGCAUUGCCUUUGAUCAAGGACAUGAGGUUUGGCGAGCUCUUGGAUCCUAGGCUCGUCAUUCCCAGCGACUUGAAGCCUCUCGUGAGGAUGGCAAGAGUUGCAUUGGCUUGUGUAGGCAAUUCAAGAAAGAGCAGGCCUUCCAUCGCGCAGGUCGUGGUGAUUUUGAACAAUUUGGAGAUGGAGAUUUGCUCCUGAUCGUCUCUCCGCAAGAGAGAGAUUUCGUACCACGGGAAAAUCUUCACACGAGUCUCGAAUCGUGAAUCGCUCCCGAAUGAUGGAAGGCAGUUUUACUUCGAGCAUGAACAAAGAGAAGCCGCCGACGCAGGAGGCGCCACCUGAUCUAGGCAGUAGAAGGGUUCCGAUAGGGUUUCGAUCCGGCACGUAUGUUUGAUUCUCGUGAUAAUGAUCAGUAGUUUCCAUCGAACCUUCUCCGGUCAGGGCAAUUGCUUCUUCCGGUGGACAACGAGAACUUACCGCCUCCCAAGCAGGACAGGCCUGCAAGAAACUGGUAAACUUUGAUGGCUUCACAUCUUUGUCACGGAGUCUCGUUUGACUCUCGAGCAAAAUCCAUCCAUCUAUUAAACGCGUUUGGAUGUACGAGAUUAUGUAAGCUUACGACAUCUUAUUGAUUUCAAAUGAGAUCGCUGACUUGAUCUGGCGAUCGAAACGCAUUGGAUAAACAUGAAUUGAGCUCAUUCAAAA